AUGGCUUGGUUGGUCGCGUACCCGGCGGUGGCCAUGUUGGCGAUGUUCAUCGUCCUGGUCAUCAUGCUGAUCCUGCGGUAUGGGGCGCAGCUGUGCCGAUUGCGCCACCAUGCCCUCCCGGACGAUCAGGAUCUGCGCGACAAGGCGUACGAUCAAAAGGUCAGCUACGCUUGACGUGGCUGGUGCCGUUCGACACUGAUGCCAAAUGCCACCGCUACUUUCCAUGCAUUUCGUAAUAUCGUUUCCUUUUAUUUUUGAACCCCAUUUCUAUCGCUACUAUGUAACCCGUUAAUCUCAGCGAAUAUUUCUAUAUCUUGUUUGUUUUUCAAUGACGUCCAUGAGUAGGAAAAAUCACUCCUCCAGUUGUCGGGUUGGUUUACCUCAAUUUUGAGAGCAAAUUUAAUCAUAUCAGGUAGUUAGAUUAUAAAGAUAUGUUUGAAACUAUUCAAGAUGCCUUGUUGAGGUGGCAGUCGAAAUUCAAUUCUCUCGAACAAUAUCCAAUGAAUCUUUUAUGAGUUAAGAUUAAACAGAUUUAAAUCCUUAAAUGUGUCAAGGAUAAAAUUUACUCGUCCAUGUCUGUCUUAUAAUGAAACGUUCUCCGUCCUAACGUAACGUAAUCUUUCCAUUACUUUAAAGCUAUCGUAAGAAACUUUUAUAGGACUGUACAACACCACCCCACCGGGGGUACGCUUUCCCAUUUCCUGUGGGAAGUUUAUCGCAAGCAAUAAGUAAAAUGUAUUGAAAAAUAAAAGAGAAAAACAUAUAUUACAAUUUGUAUUUUGAAAGACGUUACGAAGAUGCACAACAUGCACAACUGUUUACUGCAUGAUGGCCAUAUCCGGCGCAAGGUUUAAAAAAUGUGUUCAUUUAUCCAUAAAGGAAUACCCAGAAGGAGACGGCAACACGAUAAACGCACCCCAUAUGUAGUGUAUUGAUUUUAUAUGACCAUUUGAAUAAAACAGAAAUCUGGUAGUGAAACAAUUAUCUAAACAAUAGUGAAGAAGUGCCCAUAAAUAGU